UGUAUUGUGUUUGAGUGUGUAAGUUUAGGAGUGUGUGUGCACUCCUAUGUCGGUUUGCUGCAGCUGUUGAGCCACUCGAACCCGUGGUUGUGGUCGUUCUGAUUCUGUUUUUGAAAGCUGGGAGAGUUGUGUGUGUGUGUGUGUGUGUGUGUGUAUGGGGGUUUGUGAGUAGAUUUGUGCCUCUGUGUGUGUGUGUGUGUGUGGUUUUGGAGACGUCCUUGGAAAAGCGGCGACAAGGGAAGAUGCCUGCCAUUCUGGUGGCCUCGAAGAUGAAGUCAGAACUGCCCAAGCCGGUACACAGUGCCCUGCCCAUUCCCCAGCACCCGGCCAAGACGGGCACCCUACCCGUCAGCAAGCUCAAGGCUGUGCUUGGCAGCCAGAGCCCCCACAGGACCCUGCAGAGGUACCAGAGCCUGGGCUCAGGCACCCCGGUGAAGAGAAGCCCCGCGUCCAAAGGCAGCACCGGGGACCCUCAGAUUUACACGGACUGGGCAAACCACUACUUGGCUAAAUCGGGCCACAGGCGCCUCAUAAAGGACCUGCAGCAGGACGUGGCGGACGGGGUCCUGCUGGCUGAGAUCAUCCAGGUUGUGGCUAAUGAGAAGAUUCAACACAUCAAUGGAUACCCGCAGAGCCGCUCUCAAAUGAUUGAAAACAUCGAGACUUGUCUUGGUUUUCUGGCUGCCAAAGGGGUGAACAUUAAGGGACUGUGUGCAGAGGAGAUACGUAAUGGGAAUCUGAAGGCCAUCCUUGGUCUGUUCUUCAACUUGUCGCGCUUUAAGCAACAGGAGCACCAGGCCCUGAAGCCUACUGCCCAGACCCAGCAUCCACACAGCCCUGCCCGGCCGCCCCUCACCCAUGCUGCCCAGCCUCUGCAUGGAAGCCCUUGCCCCAUCCACGGCUCCCAGGGCCCCACCAGCCCCUCUCUGAAAGCUCAGACAGACAUGACAUCCAGUCAUUUGUCCAAGGACUGCACUCAAACUAAGCGGCCCAAGCUAUCUGUCGCUCAGAGAAAGACCUCUAGGCUACCUGGCCCGGCAAGGGUCAGUGAAGGUAAGCUCCGGGGGACCAGCGGUGCAGGCAGCCGCCGCAGCCAGAGCUUCAAUCACUUUGACAAGGCCAGGCCCUCCCUCUUCAGCACCACCGCCAGCCAUGACAGAGUUGCUGCGCCAUCUCCAGUCAUGGCUGACUGGGAGCCAGUCCGCACCUCCAGUCCUCAGCCUGGUGGCAGCGGUGGCAGCGGUGGCGGUGGAGGUGGCGGUGGCAAACCCUGGCGGAGCAAGUCCCUGAACGCCAAGCACAGCUCCACCUCCCCCAUGCUCUCUGUCAAGCAGCCGUCCAGCAGCGCCCUGGAGGUGCCGCCCAAAGUCAUUGCCCAGAAGUCUAUGCUGGAGAAGCUCAAGCUCUUCAACAGCAAAGGAUCCUCCAAGGCCUCCCCCAACGCCAGCGCUGGGCUUCAGCCGGGAGCGCUGGAGUUUGACGUGCCCGAGGCGGACACCCGGCCAGGGACCCCAAGCGUCUCCGCCGGCCAGCAGGACGAGGCAGAGGGGAACCAGAGGCCGGCUAGCCGGAGCGCCGACACCAGCCCCAAGCUGGCCCUGAAGGGCAUCGCCCAGCGCACCUUCAGCCGAGCGCUCACGCCCAAGAAGAGCGCCCUCAAGAAGGACACUGAGAAGGAGAAGGCCAGACCCAGGGAGGGAUCUUUGGGCAGGGCUUCUACCCCUGACCAGCACCUCAGGGAGCUUAAGGCAUGUUCGGCAACCUCAACCCCUGAGCUGAGGAAGAACUCUUGCCUCCCCAAAGGUAACAAGGGGACCAGCAGUGCCAAAAAGGAGAGCUCCUCUCUAGCCCGCAGUGGCAUCCCCAAGCCGGGUGGGAAGUGCACCAACACAGGACGUGGCUCAGUGCUGCCAUCCGGUGGUAAGGAUGUGGAGAGAGGCCAUGGUGCUAAGCCCAGUGUAGGGCUGUCGGUGCACAAGGGGCAUCUAGACAGCAGGAACUCUUCCUCCUCCAGUCUGGCGUCCUCUGAGGGCAAAGCCUCCCAGACGAUCAGUGUUAGCAGCUGUGGCCCCCUAGUGGCCAACACCGGUGCUACACAACAGUCCAUGGCUGGCAACGCAGUCAGCGUGGAGCUACCUCAUCCUCAGCAGCAUUAUAGCCACCCCAAUAUGGCCACAGUGGCCCCUUUCAUGUACAGAUCACAGACGGACAUUGACAAGUCUGAAACCUUGGCUGAGACGGAGGGGUUUCAGGAGUCUCUGGUCCUCUGCAAGUCGCUUCACACAUCUCUGGAAUACCUCACAGGUGAGGACCCUGAAGCCAGACGCCUGCGGACUGUGAAGAACAUUGCCGAUCUGCGGCAGAACCUGGAGGAGACCAUGUUCAACCUCAGAGGAACCCAGAUCAGUCACAGCACCCUGGAGACGACCUUUGACAGCAGCGUAACCACGGAGGUCAGCGGGAGAGCCAGUGUGCAGGGCGGCCGGCCUGCCUCCGUGCUGCCAUGGCGACAGGGCUCAUCCAGCCCCAGGCUGCAGGCGGGCGACGCUCCCUCCAUCGGCCCACGGCCCGGCGGCAACGCCACGCGCUUCACCGGCAGCGGCGGCGGCGGGCGCUACCAGCUCCACCACCGGCAGACCAGCACCACCGUCUCCGGCGGUAACCCCCACCUACCUGACAUGGCCGAGGAGGAGCUUGACGCCUUCGACGUGGAGACCGCCGGCUACAUGAGCGAUGGGGACAUCCUGGGCAAGGCUGUCAGCAGGACAGACACGAUCAGCACCAGCGGCUAUAUGACGGACGGCGGGCUCAGCAUGUACACGAGGCGGUUGAACCGCCUGCCUGAGGGGAGCGUGGCUGUGGUCCGGGAGAACCUCCUCCGCAGCGGAGCGAGCCAGGCCGACAUGGACAGUUGGGAUGACAGCAGCUCGGUGAGCAGUGGGAUCAGCGACACGCUGGACACGGAUGAGCUCAACACCAGCUCGUCUCUCAGCUCCUUCGUCAACACGCCCUCGGCCCCGCGCAAGGACAUAGGCCAACAGCCCCAGACGGACGCGGAGAAGCACUCAGCAGCCGAGCUCAGCGGCACGUGGUCCGGUGACGAGGCCAAGAGCUGCUCGGACGGCGGCUCCAAGAUGGACGGCAGUGCCGGCAAGUGGUGCCGCCACCCAUCGGACAUCUCAGAAGAGACAAACAAGAGCUUGUUGAGUCGUAAGGUGGCGGCGGCGGCAGCAGCGGUGACAUCGCCGACUUUGAACAUCUCUCAGACGGGCUCCUGGAGACGGGGCAUGACGGCGCAAGUGGGCGUGACGGCGCCGCGGACGAAAGGGUCUACGUCGACAGGCAGCGGCACGCUGAAGACCCACAGCACGGGUAAGACGGACGACGCCAAGGUGUCAGAGAAAGGCUGCCUUCCUCCACGCUCCAACGGCCUCCAGUGCUCAGACUCUGGCCGGGACGACACCAAGAAGCCCCCCCUCUCCUCCUCUACCUCCUUCGGCCGAGCCUCCCAGGCGCCCUGCUCCACCACCAACCCCACCACCACCUUCGGCUUCAAGAAGCAGAUGGCCAUCCUCAGUGGCUCUGCCACCCUGGGGAAGGUACCCAAGUCCAUGGGUCCUCUCCAGAGUGGGCGCAGCAGCGGUCUCUGCCGGCAGAGCAGCGUGGAUGACGCCUACCUGCCCAUCGGGAGCAAUGGUGGCAGCGGCGGGGUUUGCCGAGGCUCCAUGCAAUACCGCAGCUUGCCCAGACCCAGCCGCUCCUCAGCGCGUUCUGCCGGCACCAGCACCGACGCCAGCCUCAGGACUGCCACGCUGCCCAAAGGCCGAAGCACCACCAAGGCCGUGGGUGCCAGCCUCCCUCUUAACGGCAACGGUGUUGGUGGAGGUAGCAACCAGACGGACCGGGAGAAAGGUUCGGAGGUGGAUGGCGUGAAGCCAGGAGGACAGGGACAGGGAGCGUCUGGGAGGCAGGCUGGGGGGAAGUACAGUGAGCUGUCCUCACCUACUCUGCGCAGAUUGUUCGGAAGCAAGCCCAAUAAGCAGGCCUCUCUCUCCAGCGCAGAGAGCGUGAAAAACUCCACCGUCAUCUCCAACCCUCUCGCCACCUCCAGCCAGCAGGGCGGCCCCGGGGGCUGUGCCGCCUCCGCCUCUGCCACCGCCGCCGUCGACUCGGUGUGGAGCUCCACACUGGCCUACACGUCCCAGGGCAGCAGCGAGGCGGGGGAGGGGGGAGCCCUGACCAGGGAGGAGGCGCUGGCCGCCUGCCUGCACUCCUCUGCAGGAACGGUCAAAGCUGGCCUGGCUGCCAGGUACGCCCACCUGCCCCAGCUGCGCAGCCAGGAGGAGCCACGGGAUUGGCUGCGCUCACACUCCGCAGGCGGUCUGCAGGAGGCGGCGGGGACCGGCCUCACCUCCCCCUCUGGCACCUCCCGCUUCAACUUCACCCAGCUAGCAGCCAGCCAGACCACAGCCACACACAUCAACAUGGCCACCCUGCGUACCACCAACGGUCUGGCCAGUCAAGAUGGCCCCUACGACCCUUACAGCGACCCGCGCCUGCGGAACUGUCCGAUGUCGCUGGAGGAGAAGAAUCGCACCAUGAGCAGCUCCGGCUCCUUCAGGGAUGGCCUGGAAGAAGUUCACGGCUCCUCUCUGUCACUGGUGUCCAGCACGUCCUCAGUUUACUCCACGCCUGAAGAGAAAUCCCACUCGGAGAUUCGCAAACUUAGGAGAGAGUUGGAUGCUUCCCAGGAGAAGGUGUCUGCUCUUACCACUCAGCUGACUGCUAAUGCUCACCUAGUGGCAGCGUUUGAGCAGAGCUUGGGGAACAUGACCAUCCGACUGCAGGGUCUGACUAUGACCGCCGAGCAGAAGGACUCGGAGCUGAGUGAUCUGAGGAAGACCAUCGAGCUGCUGAAGAAGCAGAACACAGCAACGCAGGCGGCCAUCAACGGUGUCAUCAACACGCCAGACAUCAGCUGCAAAGGUCCUUCAAACUCAGCCGGUGGAUCACAAACGCAGCUGCCGUCGCAGUUGCUGUCGCAGUCACAGUCCACGCAACUGCAGUCGCAACCGCAGACGCAGACGGACCUGCGCAUCCACAGGCAGCACUCGUCUGACAGCGUGUCCAGCAUCACCAGCGCCACCAGCCUCUCCAGCGUGGGCAGCAACCACCUGGAGCUGGAUGCCAAGAACAAAAAGAAGAGGAAGAACUGGCUGCGGAGCUCUUUCAAGCAGGCCUUCACCAAGAAGAAGUCGCCCAAAUCCGCAUCAUCCCACUCCGACAUCGAGGAGAUGACAGACUCGUCGUUGCCUUCUUCCCCCAAACUGCCCCACAACGGCUCCACGUCCUCCACCCCCAUGCUCCGGACUUCUCACUCCAACUCUCUCCCCCUCCUCACCCCCCUUCCUGCCCGAGCACGCGGCUGGGGCAGUAACAGUGCUCUCGUGAGGACGGGCUCUCUUGCUCGGAUCUCCGAGUGCGGGGACACCGACGCCGAGACGGUCAUGCAGCUGCGCAGCGAGCUGCGAGACAAGGAGAUGAAGCUGACCGACAUCCGCCUGGAGGCCCUGAGCUCCGCCCACCAGCUGGACCAGCUCAGGGAGUCCAUGAACCGCAUGCAGAGUGAUGUAGAGAAGCUGAAGGUGGAGAACGAGCGGUUGAAAAUGGAGUCCCAGGGCAGCUGCAGCAGAGCCACGUCCCAGUCGUCCUCCCUCAGUCCCUCACUGCCAGCCCUCUCCUCCCAGCACAGCCUCAGCCUCAGCGAGUCCACCAGCCUCGACAUGCUGCUGGAGGACUGUGGAGAUGGUAGCUCUCGGAACGAGGGGCGACGUGUGAAGAUCGUAGUGAGUUUGGAGGACGAGGCCAAAUGGAAAGAGGACGGCGGGCCUCGUCAGUUCCUGAUUGGCUCUAUUGGCGUCAGUGGGAAAACUAAAUGGGAUGUCCUAGAUGGUGUGGUCAGACGCCUCUUUAAGGAGUACAUCAUCAAUGUGGACCCAGUCAGCCAGCUGGGUCUGAGCUCUGACAGUGUUCUGGGCUAUAGUAUUGGGGAGGUCCACCGCUCCAGUGGGGCAGAGACGCCUGAGCUGUUGCCCUGUGGAUACCUGGUUGGGGACAGUGACACCAUCGCUGUCAAGCUAAAAGGUGUGCAGGAGAACAGCACGGACAGCCUGGUGUUCCAGACGCUGGUGCCCAAGGCCAUGCUGCAGCGCUACGUGUCGCAGCUGCAGGAGCACCGGCGCAUCAUCCUCUCCGGCCCCAGCGGCACCGGCAAGAGCUUCCUGGCCAGCCACCUGGCCGAGCACAUGGUGCUGCAAGAGGGCUGGUCGCUCACCGACGGCACCAUCGCCACCUUCAACGUGGACCACAAGUCCAGCAAGGAGCUCCGUCAGUACCUGUCUCACCUGGCUGACCAGGGCAGCAGCAGCAGCAGCAGCAUCCAGGCUCAGGAGAUGCCUUUGGUGCUCAUUCUGGACAACCUGCACCACCUCAGCUCCCUGGGGGAGAUCUUCAACGGCCUGCUCAACUACAAGCACCGCAACUGCCCUUACAUCAUCGGUACCAUGAACCAGGCUAAUGCCUCCACCCCCAACCUGCAGCUUCAUCAUAAUUUCAGGUGGGUGCUGUGCGCCAACCACACCGAGCCGCUGAAAGGCUUCCUGGGCCGCUUCCUGCGGCGGAAGCUUCUGGAGACGGAGAUCAGCAGCCGCACGCGGAGCACGGAGCUGGUGCGCAUCGUGGAGUGGGUGCCCUGCGUGUGGCAGCACCUCAACCGCUUCCUGGAGGCCCACAGCUCCUCCGACGUCACCAUAGGGCCGCGUCUCUUCCUGUCCUGCCCCAUGGAUGUGGACGGCGCUAGGGUCUGGUUCACAGACCUGUGGAACUACUCCAUCACCCCCUACAUGCUGGAGGCAGUCAGAGAAGGGCUGCAGCUGUAUGGGCGGAGGGCAGCCUGGGAGGACCCUGCCAAAUGGGUGAUGGAGAGUUUCCCGUGGGCGGCGAGCCCCCAGCAGCACGAGUGCUCCCCCCCGCCUCUCCUGCAGCUGCGGCCCGAGGACGUGGGCUUUGACGGAUACUCCCUGGCCCGGGAGGGCUGCCACAACAAGCAGGACGCUCAAGGGGAGGCCGAAACUGACCCUCUAAUGAACAUGCUGAUGAGGCUGAAGGAGGCGGCUCACUCCACAGGCCCCCAGAGCUAUGACAGCGACUCCAACGGUCACCAAGACAAUGUGAUCGACUCUUCGCUGGAGUCAACGCUGUGAUGUGCGGACACUAUGCUUAGACUACAGACUCAUCCGUCUCUCUCUUCAUACAAGUCCUCCUGGCGACCCGGAGGUUUGGAAGGGGAUGGUAAAGCACAACGAGGUCAAAACGAGUGAAAGUGAAACAACCCGCGAGGAGUUUCGGUGUUUGUUCAGCUGAAGUUUACUUCAUAGUCCACGUGGGAUUGGGAGCUGGCACAAGCAGCCAUAGAACCUUUUGCAACACAACUGUGAACUGUGAACACAAUGUUUCCACAGAAAUCUGGUGCUCUGUCAUUGAAAAUCUGACCUGUAGGUGUCACUACAGAUUAGAGGAGCAUUUACACCGCGGCGUCCAGUGACGACAUUUUAUUUUCAUCUGUCUGGUUUCCACCCAUACGCUUUGUUUUUUAUAGACAAACAUGUAUGUAGUCUUUGCACAUUUAUUGUUCACCUGCAGCUUUUGCAGUAAAAUACUUAAAGCUCACCCUAAGUUGUUGAACCUGAGCUGUUGAGUCAUUGGACGAGUUAACAUGCCGUGACAUCACAGACUUUAGAUCUAUACUUCCACUGAAUGCAAAGUUUGUGUUUGUUUUGCAUUUCGCAAGCUGCAUGCACAUCUUCACAAGAUUGAAACUGAACUGCACUAGUGUGUUGGCCCUACUCUCAGAGCUGGGUUCACCGUGAACCAUCCUGUUGUUGUCUGGAUUUGCCUGCAAUGCCUUAGUGCUUCUCUACCAGAGAUGAAACCACCUGUUCACAAACACGUGAACAUAACUACAGGACUGUAUACACUUGUGCCUCAGCAGUGCUCCUGCGUAGGUCGGGUAGAGAGACACAAACAAUGUCCACAGUGACCUCUACUCCGAAUAAUUUCCCUGUCAGGUCUCUUGAUGCUCUCUUGAUCAUGUAGUCACGCAGAAACCCAAGUGUGGUUUUGAUUAACACUGUGCGUAAACAGCAUUGAAUGCUAGUAGAUGCUAGCGUUAUUCUAUGGCAAUAAGCAGACCUAAAGCAGCUCAAGUCAAGGCAUUGUACCAUGUGGCAUGUUGUGGCAGCGUAGGUGGUCACAUUUCUUAGCUGCUUUGUCUAAUGUGAGAGUGCAUUUAUCCCAAGUGCUGGCUGAAGGGCCUGAGGCACCACUGGUUUUGUGAACUGGAGAAGUUCCUUAGACAUAGAAGCACUUUUUUGGGGGGGGGAUCUACACAUGCAGUCCCAAAGGGCUUGGCUGUAGGCGGAUCAGUCAAGACGAUCAGGUUCUGCUUUGAACUGAACUGCUGCCGUGCCUAGAAGCUCACUUGGGAGACUUAGCGCGGUCCCCAUUUGCAUUGAGUGUAAAUGGAGUCUUCAGCCUCGCUUUAGUGUUGAGUGACUGCACUUUAUUCCCUCAGCAGAUGAAGUGUCUUAAGAUCCGAUUUCACUCAUAUUACACCCUUUUGGAUUCAUUCACAGAGCCUCUGUGAGUUUUUUUUUUUGUUGUUAUUAUUAUUUUGAGUGCUGUUUGAUACGGAAAUCUAUGCAACGCCCAUUUUCCAAUUUUUUUAUUUAUUUUUUACCAAAUUGGUGCCCCCGCAGUUUUAGGAACUGCUAGUGUUUGUCAUGCUGCAAGUUCAUUCGCAUUGUGAAUCCUCUCAACCCCUUUUCUGUGAGUUUGUUUUUGUUUUGUUUUUUGAACUACCAUAUCAUUGCAUUUAAGAAUGUUAAGGUUCAUGUGAUAAAUGCAUGAGGGAGGUCAUUAAGAUGUUUGAAAAGUUGUGUUUGGGAAUCUAAUCUUUCAUUGUGUAGUGCAAUUUGUCUUUGUACAUUUUUUCCUUGUAUUUGUAACAUACAUAUGUAAAUAUUUGAUUGCAGACCUACAUUUUGAAGACUUUUUCUAACAGCUUUUAAAAGAGGUAGGCCAUGUAUUUUUAUUUGUACAGUGCUCAACAGUAAGGUUGUAGAUGUCCGGUGACAGUCUGUACAUUCCAUGGGAAUAAAUGUUAUCACUGUUCAAACUGUUUGUUUUUGUAUAUUAAUAAAACUGCAUCUGUAUGGAAAA